CCUCCCGGGCCUGCGGCGGCCUCUUCCUGCUCCGGACCCGCCGAGACCCCUAACCGGGCCGGUGGGGCCGGGACCCUCCUCCUCCCUCUCCUCCUCCUUCUUCUCCUCCUUCUCCUUCUCCUCCUUCUCCUCCUUCUCCUUCUCCUCCUCCUCCUCCUCCGGCCCCUCGGACGAUGAGGCGUCGGUCGCGGCUGCUGCUGUGCUUCGCGGUGCUGUGGGCGCUGGGCAUCGCCUACUACGUGUACUCGGGGGGCAGCGCCGCCCUGGCCGGAGCCGGGGCCUCGGGGGCAGGCAGCGGCGCCGGCAGGAAGGAGGACUGGAAUGAAAUUGACCCAGUUAAAAAGAAAGACGCGCAUGGCACCAACGGGGAAGACAAGGCACAGAGCGUGGAGACCCUCCCUCCGGGGAAAGUCCGGUGGCAGGACUUCAACCAGGAAGCUUAUGUUGGAGUAACGAUGGUCCGAUCGGGCCAGGAUCCUUACGCCCGGAACAAAUUCAACCAGGUGGAGAGUGACAAACUGCGCAUGGACAGGGCCGUCCCAGACACGCGGCAUGACCAGUGCCAGAGGAAGCAGUGGCGGGUAGACCUGCCGGCCACGAGUGUGGUGAUCACGUUCCACAACGAGGCCCGGUCGGCGCUGCUGCGCACGGUGGCCAGCGUCCUGAAGAAAAGCCCGCCCCACCUGGUCAAGGAGAUCAUCUUGGUGGACGACUACAGUAACGAUCCGGAGGACGGAGCUCUCUUGGGGAAGAUCGAGAAAGUGCGGGUUCUCCGGAACGACCGUCGGGAAGGUUUGAUGCGUUCUCGGGUGAGGGGGGCAGAUGCGGCUCAGGCCAGAGUCCUCACGUUCUUGGACAGUCACUGCGAAUGCAACGAGCACUGGCUGGAGCCCCUCCUGGAGAGAGUAGCAGAGGACAGGACCCGUGUGGUGUCUCCUAUCAUUGACGUGAUUAACAUGGACAACUUCCAAUAUGUGGGAGCAUCCGCUGACCUGAAAGGAGGUUUUGAUUGGAAUUUGGUCUUCAAAUGGGAUUACAUGACCCCGGAGCAGCGCCGCGCCCGGCAGGGCAAUCCGGUGGCCCCCAUAAAGACCCCAAUGAUCGCCGGCGGGCUGUUUGUGAUGGACAAGACGUACUUUGAGGAACUGGGGAAAUACGACAUGAUGAUGGACGUGUGGGGUGGAGAAAACCUAGAGAUCUCCUUUCGGGUGUGGCAGUGCGGUGGGAGUCUCGAGAUCGUCCCCUGCAGCCGUGUGGGCCACGUCUUCCGCAAGCAGCACCCUUACACCUUCCCCGGGGGCAGUGGCACCGUGUUUGCCAGAAACACGCGCAGAGCCGCGGAGGUGUGGAUGGACGAGUACAAAAAUUUCUACUACGCGGCCGUGCCAUCUGCCAGGAACGUCCCCUACGGCAACAUUCAGAGCCGCCUGGAGCUGAGGAAGAGACUUAGCUGCAAACCCUUCAAAUGGUACCUGGAAAAUGUCUACCCCGAACUGAGGGUCCCAGACCACCAGGACAUCGCGUUCGGGGCCUUGCAGCAGGGCACCAACUGCCUGGACACACUAGGCCACUUUGCUGACGGCGUGGUGGGUGUGUACGAGUGCCACAACGCGGGCGGAAACCAGGAGUGGGCCUUGACGAAGGACCGGUCAGUCAAGCACAUGGACCUGUGCCUCACCGUGGUGGAGCGAACGCCCGGCGCUCUCGUGAAGCUGCAGGGCUGCAGGGAGAACGACAGCCGGCAGAAAUGGGAGCAGAUUGAGGGCAACUCGAAGCUGCGCUACGUGGGCAGUAACCUGUGCCUGGACAGCCGCAACGCGCGGAGCGGGGGCCUGGGUGUCGAGGUGUGUGGCCCAGCCCUGUCCCAGCAGUGGAAAUUCACGCUCAACCUGCAGCCCUAGGCCUCGGCCCCAGCCCCUCCCGCCCCCCCGGAUGGACGCCCUCCGUCUGCUCCCGACUU